CCACUGGCGGCUAUUAUUAAACUCGUGUCAUAGUUGGAUACUACACUCAGACUUGGGUUUCAGUGUUAGCAGAUGGCGAAGAGGCUAGGUGAAGUGGGGUUAGAAGAUUUGUACAGAGCAGGCGGGUCAACCAUAAGCAUAAAGGAAGCCACCCACAUGUACCAAGCCAUAGCAGCAAGCAAAGCCUCUGACCCUGACCCAAGACGGGUGUGGAAAGAGGUGGUGAGUAGGAGAGUGUUAAAGCCAUGGCACCCGCAUCACCUGCAUCAGUUGGUCUACUAUUCUGUCUAUGCCAACUGGGAUGUCUCCAUCAAUGGCCCUCCUCUUUACUGGUUUCCUUCCCUAGAUGAGUCCAAAAUUACAAACCUGGGACGAAUAAUGGAGAUUCAUGGCCCAAAGCUUUUAGGGACUUCAUACAAAGACCCUAUUGAAAGUUUUAGCCUCUUUCAGAAAUUUUCUUUCCAGCAUCCUGAGACUUACUGGUCUAUCGUUCUUGAAGAGCUUUCAGUUGUAUUCCACAGUUCCCCAAGUUGCAUUCUAGAUAACAGUAAAAAGCUGGAACCUAGUGGAGCAUGGCUUCCUGGUGCAGUUUUGAAUAUAGCUGAAUGUUGUUUAUUGCCCUCUACUCACCCUACAAAAGAGGAUAACAGUUGUGCUCUUGUGUGGAGAGAAGAAGGCCGUGAUGAUUUGGAUGUGAAUCGCAUGACAUUAAAGGAACUUCGUGAACAAGUAAUGGUGGUUGCAAAUGCAGUGGAUGCCACAUUCUCAAAGGGUGAUGCAAUUGCCAUUGACAUGCCAAUGACAGUGAGUGCUGUUGUUAUAUAUCUGGGAAUUAUAUUAGCUGGAUGUGUUGCGGUGUCCAUAGCUGACAGUUUCGCGGCCAAAGAAAUUGCGACUCGUUUGCGUGUCUCUAAUGCCAAGGCUAUCUUCACUCAGGAUUUUAUACUAAGAGGAGGUCGAAAGUUUUCUCUAUACAGUCGCGUUGUGGAAGCUGAUCCAUUUAAAGCUAUUGUGCUCCCUGCAAGCGGGAACAGCGUAGGCAUUGAAUUAAGAAAACAAGAUGUAUCAUGGAAAGAAUUCCUGUCCAUUGCCAAUCAACGUCCAAGAUCCAAUCAUUACUCUCCAGUUUAUCGACCAAUAGACUCUACCAUCAAUAUUCUAUUUUCAUCCGGAACCACAGGUGAACCAAAAGCCAUCCCGUGGACACAACUUUCCCCAAUACGAUGUUCUGCGGAUGGGUGGGCUCACAAUGAUAUAAGAGCUGGAGAUGUUUACUGCUGGCCAACAAAUUUAGGAUGGGUGAUGGGUCCAGUUGUACUCUUCACAUGUUUUUUAAAUGGUGCAACACUAGCUCUGUAUCAUGGAUCUCCUUCGGGUCGUGGUUUCGGAAAAUUUAUCCAGGAUGCUGGAGUAACUGUUCUGGGCACUGUUCCAAGCUUAGUAAAAACUUGGAAAAGUUCAAACUGUUUGGAAGGCUUAGACUGGACAAAGAUAAAAUGCUUUGCUACCACUGGGGAAGCCUCCAACGUUGACGACGACCUUUGGCUCUCUUCAAAGUCUUACUACAAGCCUGUUCUGGAAUGUUGUGGAGGCACAGAGCUUUCAUCCGCGUAUAUUCAAGGGAGUUUGCUGCAGCCACAGGCUUUCGGAACCUUUAGUACUGCAGCAAUGACAGCAGGCUUUGUCAUCUUGGAUGAACAUGGGCAUCCUUAUCCAGAUGACAAAGCUUGUGUUGGUGAAGUGGGUUUACUUCCUCUCUACUUAGGAGCAACCAAUAGAUUGCUUAAUGCUGAUCAUGAGAAAGUCUAUUUCGAGGGAAUGCCAAUGCAUAAUGGAAUGCGCCUAAGGAGGCACGGGGAUGUCCUCAAAAGAACUGUUGGUGGCUAUUUGAUUGUACAGGGCAGGGCUGAUGACACCAUGAAUCUUGGUGGCAUAAAGACAAGUUCUGUUGAAAUCGAGCGUGUAUGUGACGGAGCUGAUGAAAGCAUCUUGGAGACUGCUGCUAUCAGUGUAGCUCCACUGGGCGGUGGUCCAGAACAGUUGAUAAUGUUUGUGGUGCUAAAGAAAGAAUAUAGUCACCAGCCUGAGAAGUUGAAGAUAUUAUUCUCAAGAGCUAUUCAAAGCAACCUCAACCCUUUAUUUAAGGUGAGCUUUGUUAAGAUAGUUCCGGAGUUUCCUCGAACUGCUUCAAACAAACUAUUGAGAAGAGUUUUGAGGGAUCAAGUUAAGCAGGAGCUGUCCCCUCGAAGCAGAAUUUAAUGGCAACUUAGGAGGUGGUUUUAUGUUACUCAACCCAAAUAUGGAUUUUCUUCCUCCCGAGUUAUGGUUUGUAACAUGAAAUACGGUAAACAGAGAUCAUCAUGUAUUAUAAGAAUGGCUCCAUUCCAGUUCCUGGAAUUAUGCACUUUGAGGGUACUUGAUAUCAUGUGUACGUAUAAAUAAAUAUAGGCGUUGUUAAAACAGCUAUAGAUUGUUAAAUGAAUAUGGCCUAGCUAAUAAGCCAAUUGUCGAA